AUGUUCAACUCUCGUGCUCUUCUCUUUGCUGCCGCUAUUGCUGCUGUUGUUCUCUGUCUUUUCAAUUUUGUUGCUGAUGCUGCUGCUAUUGCUGUCAUGAAUGCCAACGUCUCUGCUCCUUUGUCCCGUGCUGAACAAUCCGCUUUUGAGAAGCGUAGUAAAAGGAAGGAGUCGUCUGCUAAAAAGUACUCUGGUAAGGCAACUUGGUUUAUUCCUUCUCGCGAGGGUGGAUCCAUGAGCGCUUGUAGAAAGUACGAAGCUGACGACGAUUAUGUUGUUGCUAUGAAUGCAGUGCAAUAUGGCCGCAUGAACAAGGUCAGCGAUGUCUGUGGCAAGCGUGUCAGAAUUUAUCAUGGGGGAAAAUCCGUUGAUGCUGUCAUUAAUGACGCCUGUCCCAGCUGCAAGUAUGGUGAUCUUGAUUUGACGAAGCCUGUCUUUGGUAAACUCGGUAAAUUUAAGACUGGAAUUCUUGAUAUCACCUGGAGGUACAUUUAA